AUGCUCGCCGCUGGGCGCGUAGCGCGCAUCUCGCGGCCAGCGCUAUGCGCCAAGCUAUGCGCAUUCCGCCUCUCUCGCGGCCAGCAAUGCGCUCAGCGGAUUUCUCACUGCUGGGCGCAUUGCGCCUCUCUCGCGGCCAGCAAUGCGCUCAGCGGAUUACUCACCGCUGGGCGCAUUGCGCCUCUCUCGCGGCCAGCAAUGCGCUCAGCGGAUUGCUCACCGCUGGGCGCAUUGCGCCUCUCUCGCGGCCAGCAAUGCGCUCAGCGGAUUGCUCACCGCUGGGCGCAUUGCGCCUCUCUCGCGGCCAGCAAUGCGCUCAGCGGAUUGCUCACCGCUGGGCGCAUUGCGCCUCUCUCGCGGCCAGCAAUGCGCUCAGCGGAUCGCUCACCGCUGGGCGCAUUGCGCCUCUCUCGCGGCCAGCAAUGCGUUCAGCGGAUCGCUCACCACUGGGCGCAUUGCGCCUCUCUCGCGGCCAGCAAUGCGCUCAGCGGAUCGCUUACCGCUGGGCGCAUUGCGCCUCUCUCGCGGCCAGCAAUGCGCUCAGCGGAUCGCUCACCGCUGGGCGCAUUGCGCCUCUCUCGCGGCCAGCAAUGCGCUCAGCGGAUUGCUCACCGCUGGGCGCAUUGCGCCUCUCUCGCCCUGGCAAUGCGCUCAGCGGAUUGCUCACCGCUGGGCGCAUUGCGCCUCUCUCGCGGCCAGCGCUAUGCGCUCAGCGGUGACCUCACCCUUUCCUUGCUAUUACUCAACCCCGCCACUCUCUCUCUCUCUCUCUCUCUCUCUCUCUCUCUCUCUCUCUCUCUCUCUCUCUCUCUCUCUCUCUCUCUCUCCCUCUCUCUCUCUCUCUCUCUCUCUCUCUCUCUCUCUCUCUCUCUCUCUCUCUCUCCUCUCUCUCCCCCCUCUCCCUCCCCACCGGUACUACGGCAGGUGUUUGCAAGCUUCUUCGCCCCACAGCCAUUCCGCUUUGAGCCAUAUGACCUACUCACCAACAUCGUCAAGCCCUUGACCUGUCCCCAUCCUCGUCCCCCGUUGCCUCUUCCCUCAACUCGCCCUCACUCAAACGUUCCUCCUAAUAUUAUCCCUUCUCCUGCUACUGCUCCUCCUGUUCCUCCUCCUCCUCCUGCUCCUCCUCUUCGUCUUCCCAAACCCUUCUCUGUUUACUCCCUCGCCCCCGUCACCUCUCAUUCUUCCACUUCUUCAUCUUCGCUCUCCAUCCUACCGUCAACUUCCAUCCUCACUCCCUUCCUCACUACCUUCCUCACUACCAGCAUGCAUCUCGGCCCAUUGUCUCUCCCUCUCUUCCUCCGCACUCUCUCCCUCACGUUCCCCCUCACUCUCCCCUCUCUCCAUCUCCUCAUCCUCGUCUCUCACACUCCCCUCCUCUUCCCCGUCCCUCAGAAUCUCCCACUGCCUCUCUCUCUCCUCUUCUUCACCCCUAGACCCCUCACUCCCCCUCUCACUUCCCUCCUCACUCCUCCUCUCACUUCCCUCCUCACUCCCCCUCUCAUCCUCGUACCUACCCCUCCCCCACCAGCCCGUCCCACCCUUCCCUCCUCCCACUCCCCAAAAACUCUCCCCUCCAACUCCCCUGAGGCGACAACUCAGGCGUCAAAACCCCUUCCCUCUCCCCCUUUCCCCGCUUCCUUGGGGGGUAAUCUCCCCUUCACCCCUCCAAACCGGGGCCUACCAACAUCCACCACCAUACCAGACCCCCUUCGGCCCACCAAACCUGAACCUAAUCGGCCACUAAGGCCCCCCAUCAACCCCACCCUCUUGCUCUCCUCACUCCGCUUCCUCUCCUCGCCUUCCUCCCCAUCCUCCAUCUCAACCGCACUCAACCCCCUCCGCUGCUCCCUGUCCCCUUCCAUCUCCGGAACCCAAUCACUCCCUGAACCCGUCCCCUCAUCUGAUUCUCUAUAUGCAGCCCAUACCCUCCACUCCUGGUCCGCCCUUUCCUCUAUCUCUCGCGCCUCUCUCGCGGCCAGCGCUAUGCGCUUGCGGAAUGCUCGCUCCCCAUCAGACGCUGUCUUCUCCCCUGUUCUUCACCCUCAUCCCCUGUCACUUACCCUUUCAUCCCCUCGUAUGCCCUUCAUUGUCAUAACCCCUGUCCCACCUCUCAUCCUGCGCGCAGCGCCUGGCGGUGCUGUUCAUGUGCAUUCUGAGCCACGUGCGGCGGGGCAACCCCAACGUCAACAGGAACCUGGUGGAGUCGCUCUACUGCAGCUAGUUUCCAGGUACCCUCCCUCUCUCUCUCUCUCUCUCUCUCUCUCUCUCUCUCUCUCUCUCUCUCUCUCUCUCUCUCUCUCUCUCUCUCUCUUUGUGGUGUAA